AUGGAGGUCCGUAUUUUCUCCGAUCUGGUGAACAAGGCAAGAGUGGUUGAAGAGAACAUGAAAACGGUAGCCUCGUCAAGGGACACUCAUGGAGUAAACACUAGCAGGAGAUGCGACAACAACCUUGGACCAAGGGGACAAAACCUUAAGAAACAUGGUGAAGGGAAGCGGUCAAGAGCUUAUUCCCCUAAUAUGAAAUGUCAGGAGUGUGAGAACUACCAUCCGAAUAAGCCAUGCCAAUUGGAACUGCAUGAAUCGUUUGAAGUAUACUGUGAUACUUCUCUGAAGGGUUUAGAUUGCGUGUUGAUGCAACACUGGAAUGUGGUGGCUUACGCAUCGCAUCAGCUAAGACCGCAUGAGGUGAACUACUCAACUCAUGACCUGGAAUUAACGGCGAUUGUGUUUGCAUGGAAGAUUUGGAGGCACCACCUGUGCGAGAUGAGGUUUAGCAUCUUUUCUGAUCAUAAGAGUCUCAAGUAUGUAUUUGAUCAGAAAGAGCUUAAAAUGCGUUGGAGAAGACGGAUGGAGUUGCUAAAGGAUUAUAAUUUUGAACUGAGUUAUCACCCUGGAAAGGCGAAGGUGGUCGCAGACGCAUUGGGUCAGAAAUAUUUAACAAUUGCUUGGAUGAGAAUCAAGGAAGAAGGGCUAGUGGAGAAGUUUGUGGAUCUUAAGUUGGAUAUUGGUGAAGUUUUCGGAAGAGCUUGUUUGGGCCAGUUGCAGAUUUUAAUGCACAUUUAA